AUGAACAUAAUAAGUGGCCCAAGGUUCGAACAAAACCCAAACUCUAUUACACCACUCCCACCCAAUCUACCCACCAGCCCACCACUGCACCCCACCCCCACCCCCAACCCCCACCCGCACCCGCACCGGCACCGCCAGCCCGGCGCUGGCCCGUCCCCGCCCUCCCUAGCCGCCGCCUCGCCCUCUGCCGCCCCUCCGCGGCCCCGGCUGCCUCUUCGCCCUCCCCAGCCGCCGCCUCGCCCUCCCCCGCCCCCGCCGCGGCCCCAGCCACCCCUUCGUCCUCCACGGCUGGCGGCCACCGUCGCGGCCCCUCCCAGGCCCCUGCCGCUGUCCCUCCGUGUCCCCGGCCACCUCUUCGCCUUCCCCGGCCGGUGGCCGCCGUCGCGGCCCCUCCCUGUCCCCGGCAGGCAGCCGCCACUGCCCCUCCCCGGCCGCGGGCCUGUGGCUCCGACCUCCCCGGCGGCCUCCAGCAGCAGACCUCGGAACCGAACUUCUUUAAGAACCGAAGAACCGAACGCCCAGCCCGAUCGCCGGGCGCGCCUCAAGCGCAGCCGCUGGGAGGGUGCCGAUGUGGAGGAUGGGCGCGUUGGCGGGCAGCCCCUGGCGAAGCUAUACGCGACGGUGCCGCGCUGUGCAAAGAACGAGGGAGCAACCGUGUGGUCUGCGUAG